CGUAAGUGCGAGUUUGAUGUAACUCGAGACCGACAUAACCCGGGACCUUACUGUAUAUAUAUUCCAAAAAAAAACCGCAAUAUAUUCAACAUGACUAACACCAUUACAGAACACAAAAGGACAAGUAGUACAGUUGAAAGGGGGAUUGGCCGGUGGAAACGAAGAUUUCACAUCCUUCAUAGUGAAAUCAGAGUCACACCUCCAGCAUAUGUGGCCAAAGUAACUCAGGUGUGUGCCAUGCUGCAUAAUGUAUGCAAAGACAGGAACAUCCCUGAACCAGAUGGAGAAGGACAUACUGGUGAGGGAGUUGAUGGUGGUGACCCUGACCCACCUGGCCCACAGCCACCUGUAGGCACACGUCCCUGUGAAGGCCUCCUCUGCAGGGACAUGUCAACCUUUACUUCCAAGAUGGUGGUGAACCUCACCCACCCAUUGGUAUGUAACUACUGCCACCCUUUACUUCAGGCAGGAUUAACACCAAGUUAAUUGUCUGUCUGUCUUUGUGUCUCGCUUUGUCUGUAAGUAUAUGGAUAUUAAUAAGGAUACAUAAACAUUUUUCUAUCUUGUAGAAUAAUUUUCAGUGUUAUGUUAAUGUAUAAUGAUUCCCUAAUUUCAUUAGAUUAAACUUAUACUUAAAUGGAAAAAAAAAACAUUAAUGUUUCUCCUCAUUUUCAAUUAGUACAUUAUA